AAGCGGAACCACUGAUCGUUUGUUCAUUUCCAGGCGGACAGUUUAUUAUUAACGCGCAUGUGCACUACGGAAUCAAGGUGGGGUACAAACUUGAAUGUUUGUGACGGGGUAAAGGAGUUAGGCAGCCAGCAGCGGACUCUAGUUGGUUUGAAUCGGAUCUAAUUCAUCUCAGCAGUUUUUAUACCGAGCCAUCACGUUUUUCUCACCCGCUAAACCUUUCUCACCGAGUCGCCGUCGAGACUGCACCGAUAAGUAGGAACGUUUUUUCAUCAUAUAAGGCCACUUUUCAAAUGAUGGUGACAGGAGACGCAUCAACACGAGUCUUAGUUGGUUUCAUUCAAGUACUUUCGGGCUGCUGAAGUUUCGGGUCACCUGAGACAGAUUUCACUUCCUCAUCGAGUCUCAGUGUUUUGCGUUUCGUCGGUUAAUUAUUCAGUGAAUGGGAUUUUGUCUGGUCUCGCUUAGAUGAAAACGGACCCCGGGCGGUAACAAGCAUCUGUUAAAACAUCAAAUCUCCCGGUUUUACCUUUUAAACAGGUACUGUAUGUGUGUGUGUGUUUACUAGCUCUAAUGAUAGCAGCUAGAAAACCUCAGCUGUGAGAGGAUUUAACCAGCUCACCAUGACAGAGGUCCAGACUCCGACUCCGUGGCCACAGGGCACAGAGUGUGUAGCCAGGUACAACUUCAAAGGCACAUCAGAGCAGGACCUGCCCUUUAACAGAGGCGAUGUGUUGACUAUCAUUGUUGUCACAAAGGAUCCAAACUGGUACAAAGCUAAAAAUGCUGCUGGUCGUGAGGGAACAAUUCCAGCCAACUAUGUUCAGAAAAGGGAAGGUGUGAAAAGUGGAGGCAAGCUAAGUCUAAUGCCAUGGUUCCAUGGGAAAAUAACACGGGACUGGGCAGAGCAGUUGCUUCACCCUCCUGAAACAGGCCUGUUCUUAGUGCGAGAGAGCACCAACUUCCCGGGCGACUACACCCUGUGUGUGAGCUGCGAUGGCAAGGUGGAGCACUACCGCAUCAUCUACCAUGAUGGCAAACUCACUAUCGAUGAAGAGGAGUAUUUUGAGAACCUCAUGCAGCUGGUUGAGCACUACACCAAAGAUGCAGACGGCCUGUGCACCAAACUAAUCAAGCCAAAGAUAGAGGAAGGCACAGUGGCCGCUCAGGAUGAGUUUUCCAGGAGCGGCUGGUCGUUGAGCAGAAAGGAGCUCAAGCUACAGCAGGUUAUUGGAAAAGGAGAGUUUGGAGAUGUCAAGGUGGGAGACUACAGAGGUACUAAAGUAGCUGUGAAGUGCAUAAAAAAUGAUGCUACAGCCCAGGCCUUUAUUGCAGAGGCUUCUGUCAUGACGCAACUACAUCACAAUAACCUGGUGCAGCUGCUCGGGGUGAUAGUAGAAGAGAAUGGGAGUCUGUAUAUAGUGACUGAGUACAUGGCAAAGGGCUGUUUGGUCGACUACUUACGUUCAAGAGGCCGGACAGUACUUGGCGGAGAUGCGCUCCUUAAUUUUGCACUAGACGUCUGUGAAGCCAUGGCGUAUCUGGAGGCCAAUAAUUUUGUCCACCGAGACUUAGCAGCCCGAAACGUUCUUGUGUCAGACGACAACAUUGCCAAAGUCAGUGACUUUGGUCUGACCAAGGAGGCCACUUCUACUCAGGAUACUGCUAAGCUACCUGUGAAGUGGACAUCACCAGAGGCCCUCAGAGAAAAGAAAUUUUCCACCAAAUCAGACGUUUGGAGCUACGGUAUUUUGCUUUGGGAGAUUUUCUCUUUUGGCCGAGUACCUUACCCAAGAAUUCCAUUAAAAGACGUAGUGCCUCGAGUGGAGAAGGGAUACAAAAUGGACUGUCCAGAUGGCUGUCCUGAAGUGGUGUAUAACAUCAUGAAACAGUGCUGGAACCUGGAUCCUGCUUCUCGACCAAGCUUUCAGAUGUUGAAGGAGUGGCUACAACACAUCAACCAAGGGAUGGGUAAAAAAAAAGAGAAAUCUGACAGAAAUGAAAAGUGACUUUCCUCUUCUCUCUCGGACCAUAAACCCUGGAUGGAAAAAAAUGGAUUGCAUGGACUAUUAUCUGACAAAGUUAACAACAAAUAGGUUUUUCAUUAACUGUUAAUUACAACUGUCAAAAUAUAGGUUUCACUGAUAUGUCAGGUGAAACUGCAGUGACUUAAAUAGUGGCUCAGAUGCUCUAGUUUAAUCUUCUGCACUCUGCUAUCAAGAGUGAGUUAUUGUCACAUCGAUGGGUCUUAUUCUUAGAGCACAGCACUGCCUCAGAUGCACAGUGCCUUGACCUGUUUUUAUAAACUUUUAUGCCCUUUACAUUGAUAUCCUUGGUCAUGUUGGUGACAUCAUUCCGUCUUUAUGAACUUAUAGACCAUAACACCCCUUGACUACACUCGCUUAAUCCAUGGUUUAGAAGUAGGAUUUUAAGGUUGUUUUUUUUAAGUCUCUAGGUACACCUUUUGUGCAUGAACUGUUGAAUGAUUUUGCCAAAAUGACUAAGUUAAAAUAACUAUGCAGCUGUAUUUGUUAAUGGUUAUGUAAUUUUAAGUACAGUAUGUCUUCUUUUGGAUCCCUCCGUUAAAAAGAUAAAAAGAUGAAACAAGUUUACUACUAAUACAACAGUACUAUUCAGCUGA